AUGACAUCAGCGUCAUACGAAGCCAUCAUCUGGGAGAACGAGUUGAAGAAGAAAAUCGUCUCUCACGCACGCGCCGUGUUCAUUGACCAGGUCCGCCCCGGCACCGUAUUCGACGUCGUGACCACUAAGAUUGAUCUCAUUAACGAGGAUCAAAGAUACAAUGGCUAUGUCGUACAUGUCAUCGCGUUGGACGAGUUGUCGCUCACAGACAAAUGGCAAAUCGUUCUGUGUGCUGACAGGAAGUCGACUGAGAAGGAAGGCUUGGAGGAACUUAUGAGGAAACUGCAAACGAGGCUUUCGGAUAUGAUAAGUAAGCUAUACUGCGGCCUUUGA